AUGAGGCCCGGCACCCUGCCCCAGAAGCUCCGAUAUGCGCUGCAGUACUGUUCCGGCGAGGAUCCCGACUAUCCCGCGAGGGAGCUGCUCUACCACAGCCCCCACACGAGGGGAUGGCAAUCCCCCAGGUUCUGCAAGUACCCCCAGGAGGUGGUCAUACGCCUGGAAGGGCCCGCGCAGAUCCAACAGAUCCAGGUGCUGUCUCACGAGUACAAGAUCGCCACAAAAAUGGACAUACAUGUGGGCACACCGGUGCCCAGCGAGGGUGGAGCAGAGAGGGUGGAAUGGAAGCGCCUGGGCUACCUCAGUUUCGACAGCAACGAGCGCAGCGGGUACCUCGCGAGGGAGCUGAAGAGCGUGCAUGUCACAUCACGUGGCUCGCUUCUCCAGUUCUCAGCCCAUCGGUGCCACAUCAACAAACUCAACAUCUACAACCAGGUGGGUGUGAUCGCCCUCAAUGUUGUGGGGGAGGUCCUGCCCAGUUGCAACAGCCCACCAGGGCUCCUGGAGCUGCACCAACCCCCAAGGCCAGAGCCUCUGGUCUCAGGCCAAGCAGCCGCGGCGAUGGCCGAUCUCACUCUGGACGUCAACGUGGACCCCAUAACAGCUGCCAAGAUCCGUGACAUUGCAAGGCAGAAAGACCAGGCGGUGGCGCAGGAGGACUACGAUGCUGCAAAGCGGCUGAAGGGUGCAAUUGAGCGGCUGAAGGCGCUUGGUCAGAAGAUUGCUGCGCUGGAAGCUCGAAAGCGCACGGCAGUGGAUAGGGAAGACUAUGACACUGCGAAGCUCCUGAAGGCAGACAUCGACAAGUUGCGAGGGGCAGGGGAGGCGGCUGCGAUGGGCCCGAUUGUGGCCAAGGGGAAGAGGACAGACCCUGAGGAGAUCUUUAGCAGAGCGCUGGGGAAGAAAGGGUCUGGAAUGAGGAGGCUUCCAUCAGAGGCCGGCACAGGCGGGGAAGGCCUUGGGAAUAGGCAGGCCUCGGAGGUGGAUCCCCUUGGAGCCAUUGGCAAGGACUCGCCCACUGGUGCCCCUUACCAUCCUGUAGGUGUGUGGCUGAGAUGUCAAGUAUCAAAUAUGUGUUCUGCUAUCGGUGAUCGCUGA